AUGUCAGACGCCCCGGCUUCUCCAGACAACACCUCGAACCAGCCACCAGACACUGCCCCUGCAACACACGAUGACUUGGGCGAUCUUUUCCAGCGGCGAGGUGCCAAACUCCUCGCCGACAGGGAGGCCCGCCGGGACGAGAAGAAACACGACGUUGACAUGCUCUCUGACAGAGACCUUGAGCGCCUCGCCAUCCGCCUCAAGAGCGACACUGAGCCUGAAGACCACCGCGUCGUCGCCAAGGCUACUGUCGAACAACGCACCAGGUUUGAGCAGUACAAGCACCAUUCCUUUGUGAAGCGCUGGGAGCCCCUCAGUUCCGACGCACCGCUGGAUGACGAAUGGUUCAUCACCGACCCGGAAAUUCUCCCUGAGAACCACCCAGGCUAUCUCUGCCACAUGUGCCGGCACCUCAACUUCGGCGUCUUGUUUACCCAGCGCGGAAUCCCGGGCAACAACGUGCCUUCGAUGCCUACCCAGAUCAAAAUUCAUGGUUUGUGGAAGCUCAUGCAAGAUGAUGGCAACACCUGCGCUUUCUGCGGGCUGCUGCGGCGGAAAAUCGUCGAGGUCGGAAGCCUUUCUCAAAUGGAUGAGGAUAGCAUCAGGGACGGCCAAUUCUACAUCAAUGUCAUAGACGAGGGGCCUGAGUAUGCCCUCAAACUGGAGAUUUUGCUUCAGGGAGAGGGGAGGACCGUUGAGAGGUUUGUGGUGCAAAGAGUAGAAGAAAAGCCGCAGCAGCCCCUGGCCGGAACAUUCGUGCGUCAGCAUCAAGCUAAUAUGGACCGACUGAGGCAAUGGAUUAAGGCCUGCGAGGGCACUCAUCAGCCCUCUGAAGAGAGCCCUGACCUCAACUUGCCUUCGUUACGGGUCAUUGACACUGACGAGUUCCGCGUCCGCGAGGUAGAAACGCCGUGCCGGUACGCCUGUCUGUCCUACGUCUGGGGAAAGGGCAGCCAGACCCAGUACACCACCGCCACACGAGACAGCCUAGAUGCACCCAACGGCCUGCAGAUGGUCGAGUUACCCCAGACGAUCAAGGACGCGAUCAAGGUCACCAAUGAAGCUGGCUUGCGCUACCUGUGGGUGGACGCCCUAUGCAUCCUUCAGGACGACCCCGUGGACAAGGCCAAGAUCAUUUCGAAAAUGGGUCCUAUCUACGGCGGAGCUACGUUGACCAUUGUCGCUUCUGCCAACGCCGACCCUCAUGAGGGUCUACCCGGCAUGGGCGCCGCCCCUCGCUCUAUCGCGCAGGAUGUGGCAAAAGUUCAAGGCCUCACGCUGGCUAUAGGUCUUCACGAUCCACGUCAACCGGUCCACGACAUUGAACGAUCAGCGUGGAGCUCACGAGCGUGGACGUUCCAGGAGCGGGCGCUCUCAGCGCGGUGUGUCUACUUCACCGACUCACAGAUGGUCUUCAAGUGCGUCCACAGCGCCGUCAUGCUUGAGGAGACUGUUCCUGUUCCCGACCCGGCAUUCCAACAUGCUACCAUCGAGGACCAGUCCCAGUCAGAUCUGAUCGCCUCGCUGUGGUCUCAUCCGUCACUGAGUCAAUUCGCCAACAAGGGAUUCUCGUCUUCACGGGACGAGGACGCGGUCAUUAUGAUCACCGAGGACAUUGAUAUUGAAGCCUUUAUGAAGAUGGGUCUGAAGGAGCGAAGAGAGAUAGCUCCUGUGUUCGACAUUGUCGUGGACCCGCCCCGCGAUUUCAUGGACUCCCUCGGUGAUACGGGCGAACUGAGGACACCCUGGGACCUGUACCGCCGCGCAGUAGAUGACUACACCAAGCGCAAGCUGAGUUGGGAGUCUGACGCUGUGAAUGCCUUCGCUGGCGUGGAGCAUAUCGUCCGGCGGGGCAUCAACACCAAGUUCUGGUUCGGACUGCCCUCGUUCGCAUUUGAACAGGCAUUGCUUUGGCAGGCUAGGGAGCCUCUUCAGCUUCGACUACAGAACGACGCUCCCAUCUUCCCGAGUUGGUCGUGGGCUGCGUGGCAGGGCCAGGUGUUCUAUCGCGGAAGAGGGUGGAAGAACUCUCUGCUCUGGGACCCUGCGCCUGUUAUACGUUGGCUUGUCGAGGAGACCCCGCAGUGGUUUAUUGAUCGGUACAGAGCCAUGGAUGACCCAACGGAGGAAGAGGUAGAAGCUUACGCGCAGGAAGUCGCCAAAGCCAGGCUGCUCUUGAGGGAGCUUGAUGCCUAUACCCUGCGCCACAUGGACACCUCGGGCAGAGAUGGUUGGGUUGUGAGCCGCAACGAAGAGUUCAACCGUCACAUCUACUCCCACGAUGCAUACCCGGGGGUCCAAUUCACCUACCCAGUCGACCUUCCAGGCCACAAUAUCAACGACCUCCCCGACAUGAACGACGUACUUCUUUUUUAUGCACACGUCGUCCCGAUCACCUCGUGCGACAUGGAGAAAGCCCCUUUCAAGAUGAAAGUAGAGGAUGGAUUCCUGCAGCUCGGCUUCAACGACGAGUCACGCUCGUCUAACUACCGCCGGCCGUGGCAGCGCAUCGUCUACCACCAAGGAUACCGCGCCGGCUUCCUCACUCUCAACAGCGGACGGUGCGUUCCACCCGAUGACGACGGCCGCGAGUACCACCUCGCCGCCAUCUCGCGUGGGAGCCUGCCACGCGUCGUGCCGCCGCCGGCGGGAUGGGACCAGUACUGGGACGCGGACCCGCGCGGGAUCCAGGAAUUCGUUUUCAGCGAGGAGUGGCGUCGUGAACCCGACGAGGCCCUCGCUGGCAUGCUCGAUGAAACGACGGAGCCGUCGACGCGCCCCCAGAACGAGGACGGCGAUCCGCACUGGGACGAGCAACGCUUCGGCGGGACCGCCGUGCUCGACGUCUACGAUGUGCUGCUCUUGAUGACGUCGUCGAAUGGGCUCUCGCGUAGAUUGGGAGCGGGAAAAAUCAGCUACCGCGCGUUCUCAGUGGCGCGUCCUAAGACGAUGCUCGUUAAGCUUGCUUAG